ACCAUCAUGAAGGCCCGUUUGAAAGGAGCCCAGACAGGUCGUAACCUCUUGAAGAAAAAAUCUGACGCUUUGACACUUCGAUUCAGGCAGAUCCUUAAGAAAAUUAUUGAGACUAAGAUGCUCAUGGGUGAGGUGAUGAGAGAAGCUGCCUUUUCACUUGCUGAGGCAAAGUUUACAGCAGGAGAUUUCAGUACCACUGUGAUCCAAAAUGUGAACAAAGCUCAAGUCAAGAUCAGAGCUAAAAAAGACAAUGUAGCAGGUGACUCUUUUGCAGACUAUGAAUAUUUCAGCUCUUCAGGGAAUCACAGAAUCACAGAAU